AUGAAUAGUACGAUGGAUUUUAAAGAUUUUGACAAAGAAGCCAUAGGCCAAAAUGAGUGUAGAGUACUCGUGGUAUUUCGUUCUUCAUCCUUGGAAGACCAAAAGUCAAGUGCCAAGCAGUUUAAAUUACAGCUAGAACAUUUGAUGGAAACGUACGGCAAGGAUCGUAUUUGGCAAAAUGAAAGAUUUACACUGAGUGAAGAUACUAUUCAUGGAUUCUAUUGUCUCUUUGGAUCUACGGAUUUUGGCGACUGCAUUGCAGAUGAGUGGUGGAUUGUUUGGUUGCUUUUCGAGGCCAGUCGAAGUGUAAAAAAUGCAUUCUGUAGGAUUAUUGAUGCGGAUGGAGAGUUUCUGUUGAUUGAGGCUGCUUUCUCUAUACCAAAAUGGAUUGAUGAAGAUAAUUCAGAUUAUCGUGUAUGGAUUCAUGAUGGAAAUGUCCUUCUGCUUCGUCCCGACAGAGCGAGUCCUCAAGCGUAUGAAAGAUGUAAACCUUUGUCUAGAAAUGAAGCUAUUGAGCGAAUCAAUAUUGGAGAAAACUUUGAUAUCCCUCCAAAAGUGAACAAGAGUAUACAACUCCGACUCGAGGAGUAUCCUGAAACAGCAAACAACCACCAUCGAGCUGUCGUAACUAUACCAAGAUCCAUCGCUUAUUUAUUAAGAAAAAAUAAACAUCUUAUUAGCAAAGCCGUUACCGCCUUUUAUUACCGUGAUCCAAUAUCCGAGAAGAAAUGUGACUCCAUGGAAAAGUUCUAUCCCAAAGAUCUUGUUACCAUGACUGUAUACUUUACGCCGUUAUUAUAUGCUCAGCUGGCUCAGCAGCGAACUCGAAAAUUUGCGCCCUUUUCAUUGCCUUCUCAGGGUAAAGAGCCAGCUUUUAUUCGAGCCGAGCUGGGCAUGAAGCUUGCUUGUGGGUUUGAAAUUCUCUACGAUUCCAAUGAACAAGAUGAAAUAAAACAAUUGAUUGAUCAAAAUUUAGAAGGAGCUGUUUUCCCAACGGACGAGGAAUUAAAAGCAUCACCACUCGUAAAUGACGAUACCAGCUUCAUGGACGUAGAUCCUGAUGAUUUAGAGAACAUGCUGAAAAGUAGGAUGAAGGAUCUGGAAGAGUCUCGGUCAGAUAAAGAGAGUUUGGGCUCUGCGGAUUCAGUCUCCUCAGACGAUGAACAGGCGCCAAAUGCGUCACAAAUAGAUAGAAAAAAAGAUUUUAAUGAGCAUGACCUUAAAGAAAUAAUUUCAAAAAUUGAAAACUUUGUGGAAAGCGACGACGAGUCCUCUUCUGAUCGGCCAGACUUUUACGGCGUUGAAAACUCCGAAGAAGAAGAACAAUUAUAUACUUAUGAUCCAGGGAACCGGGAGGGGAUUUUCCCAAAGCAUGGAAUUGCUGAACCCAACGAGGGUGACAUUGAGUUUGACGAGACCAAAUUUUUCGAUAUCCUCAAGGAGCCUACCUCAGAUAUUGCUGCUACAGAUCACCCAUCAGCUCUGGAGUCUGAUUCUUCUGAGUUAUCGGAUGAUGAAUUGCCUGGAAAUAUGAACUUACAAGAGUACAUGCAAGCCAUGGACGAAGAACUAAAUUCCCAAAAAGUUGGAAAUAAGGAAGGGUCUUCUGGACCUUUCAAGGACGAAUCUUCGGACUUGGGUAUAGAUUUAAAUCUUGCUAAAAAUCUAAUAGAGGGAAUUCAAGCCAACCCUGAUGCAUAUGGCGGACCCAUUUCUACGUUGCUAGACAGCCUUAAUAUACAAGUUCCAAAAGGAAAAUAG